AUGGAGUUGGAGCUGUUGUGGUUGAUACUUUCAGUUCUGUUGGGUGGCUAUGUCUUUGUGUUUGGGUUUCUCAGGAGAUUCAAUGAGUGGUAUUAUGUUAGAAGGCUGGGGAAAACACGAUAUCCUCUCCCUCCUGGGGAUAUGGGAUGGCCUUACCUUGGGGGUCUUCCAACUUUCCUCAAAGCUUUCAAAUCUGAUGACCCUGAUUCCUACAUAUACAACCUUGUUUCCAAAUAUGGCCGGACAGGUAUCUACAAAACCUACAUGUUUGGGAAGCCAAGUGUGAUUGUUUGUACCCCAGAAACAUGCAGGAAAGUUUUGACAAAUGAUGACCAAUUCAAACUAGGUUAUCCUAAAGCAACAACAAUCCUUACAGGUAAAUCAUUCCAUGGCAUUACAAAUGCUGAGCACAAACGAUUGCGCCGGCUAACCACAGCUCCCAUCAAUGGCCAUGAGGCACUGUCUGGAUAUAUAGAUCUUAUAGAGGGCAUAGUGGUUAAUUCUUUGGAUGAGUGGGCUAGCAUGAAUCGGCCAGUCAAGCUCUUGGCAGAGUUGAGAGGGGUUGCCUUUAAAGUGAUUACAAACAUUUUCAUCAGUACAUAUAGUGAAUCAGUUAUAUCAUCAGUAGAGAACUUGUACACAGACUUAAAUGCAGGAAUAAAGUCUCAGGCCAUUAAUCUUCCGGGAUUUGUAUUCCGCAGAGCACUCAAGGCACGAAAGAAGUUGGUGAAGAUAUUCCAAUCUGUACUAGACAAAAAGAGGGUCACGAUGAAAGACAACACCAAUGAAACAGAUGCGAAAAAAGAUAUGAUGGAUUUACUUAUGGGAGUCAAAGACGAAGAUGGUAAACAAUUGGAGGAUUUGGAUAUUAUAGAUUUAUUAAUCGUGUUCAUGUUAGCUGGUCAUGAAAGCUCAGCUCAUGGUGCAUUAUGGUCAGUCAUUUAUCUAUCAGAAAAUCCAGAGGUCUUCAAAAUAGCAAAGGAAGAGCAAGAGGAGAUCAUGAAGAGAAGACCAUCUACACAAAAAGGGCUUAACCUUAAAGAGAUUAGACAAAUGGAAUAUCUUUCUAAGGUAAUUGAUGAGAUGCUGCGCAGAACUAGCAUCUCAUUUUCAGUUUUCAGAGAGGCGAAAGAGGAUGUUAAUAUCAAUGGUUAUCUAGUUCCAAAAGGAUGGAAAGUUUUAGUCUGGAAUAGGGGUGUUCAUAUGGAUCCUGAAACCUAUGCAAACCCAAAGGAAUUUGAUCCUUCAAGAUGGGAUAAUCAUAAACCCAGAGCUGGAAGUUUCCUUCCAUUUGGAGCAGGAAGUAGGAUAUGCCCUGGAAGUGAGCUGGCCAAGCUUGAGAUCGCCAUUUUCCUUCAUCAUUAUAUCCUUAACUACAAUGUGGAGCGACUUAAUCCAGGUUGCCCAGUGAAGUAUUUACCAGUAGCAAGGCCUACUGACCUGUGCCUUGCAAAAAUCAUCAAAGUCACAUAAUUAUUUACAUUAUUACCAAUAAAGUGCAUGUAUAGGGUGAGAUUUAAGU